GUCCGGCCAGUCCCGCCUUGCGCGCCCAUUUCGAGCCCGAGUUUCGAGCUCGACUUUUCGGGCUCGAGGACUCGGCCCAGAUUUCCCGGGACUGGGUUCUUGGGCAGUGGCGAUGGGGGCAGGAAUGGCGCAGCUGGAGGGUUACUACUUCUCGGCUGCCCUGAGCUGCACCUUUUUAGUGUCCUGCCUCCUCUUCUCCGCCUUCAGCCGGGCGCUGCGAGAGCCCUACAUGGACGAGAUCUUCCACCUGCCGCAGGCGCAGCGCUACUGUGAGGGCCGUUUCUCCCUUUCCCAGUGGGAUCCCAUGAUUACUACAUUACCUGGCUUAUACCUGCUGUCGGUUGGAGUCGUCAAACCUGCCAGCUGGAUCUUUGGGUGGUCGGAACAUGUUGUCUGCUCCAUUGGGAUGCUCAGAUUUGUUAAUCUUCUCUUCAGUGUGGGCAACUUCUAUUUACUAUAUUUGCUUUUCCGCAAGGUACAACCCAGACAGAAGGCUGCCUCAAGUAUCCAGAGAAUCUUGUCAACGUUAACAUUAGCAGUAUUUCCCACACUCUAUUUUUUUAACUUCCUUUAUUAUACAGAAGCAGGAUCCAUGUUUUUUACUCUUUUUGCCUAUUUGAUGUGUCUUUAUGGAAAUCAUAAGACUUCAGCCUUGCUUGGAUUUUGUGGCUUCAUGUUUCGCCAAACAAACAUCAUCUGGGCUGUCUUUUGCGCAGGGAACAUCAUUGCACAGAAGUUAACUGAAGCUUGGAAAACUGAGCUACAAAAGAAGAAGGAAGAGAGGCUUCCUCCUGUUAAAGGACCAUUUUCAGAAUUCAGGAAAAUUCUUCAGUUUCUUUUGGCUUAUUCUAUGUCCUUUAAGAACUUGAGUGUGCUUUUUCUUUUGACUUGGCCCUACAUCCUCCUAGUGUUCAUGUUUUGUGUUUUUGUAGUAGUUAAUGGUGGAGUCGUUAUUGGCGAUCGGAGUAGUCAUGAAGCCUGUCUACAUUUUCCUCAGCUAUUCUACUUUUUCUCUUUUACUCUCUUUUUUUCUUUUCCUCACUUACUGUCUCCUAGCAAAAUUAAGGCUUUUCUUCGCUUAGUUUGGAAACGUAGAAUUCAGUUCUUUGUGAUUACCUUAGUUUCUGUAUUUUUAGUUUGGAAAUUCACUUAUGUUCAUAAAUACCUACUAGCAGAUAAUAGACAUUACACAUUUUAUGUGUGGAAAAGAGUUUUCCAAAGAUAUGAAAUUGUGAGAUAUUUGUUAGUUCCAGUCUAUAUUUUUGCUGGUUGGAGUAUAGCUGACUCAUUGAAAUCAAAGUCGAUUUUCUGGAAUUUAAUGUUUUUCAUAUGCUUGUUUACUGUUACAGUACCUCAGAAAUUGCUGGAAUUCCGUUACUUCAUUUUACCUUACGUUAUUUAUAGGCUUAACAUACCUCUGCCACCCACAUCCAGACUUCUUUGUGAGCUGGGUUGCUAUGUAAUUGUUAAUUUCUUGACUUUUUAUAUUUUUUUGAACAAGACUUUUCAGUGGCCAAAUAGUCAGGACAUUCAAAGGUUUAUGUGGUAAUAUCAGGGAUAUCUUGAACUCUAAAUAUAGACUUCUUAUUUAGACUGUUUCCACAAUGAAGAACGGAACAGGUAAAAAUUACAGACUUUCUUUUAGGUGCAAUGGUGAUCCCCAGAUCACAUCAGAUUUUUUUGUGUUUUACACAUCAGAUAUAAGUGCUUUAAACAUAUAUAACAAAUCCAAGGAAGUUAGGUGGUAAAGAACUGAGAAGAGUUUAAGAGUUGCUCCAUAAGCCUAAAUAAUAAUGGGAAAAUAAAAUUGUUUACAGCUAUCUCAUAUCUCUCUUGAUACUGCUGGCCACUCAAAAGCUUGGAAACUUUUUAUAGAUACAAGUUUAAAAAAUUGGGCAUGCUUUAUUUUAGUGGAACUUUUUUAUUCUCUUCAGAAAGCAAUAGUAGACACGUUAUUUGAAAAAUAUUUACAAAUGAUCAGAUAAUAUUCUCCAUUGAAAAUUUGCUUAACAUUUCAGUAAAUAUAAUUUUAAUCAUAAGGCAAAAUAGACUCACAUAGUAAAUGCUAUAAAUUAGAGGCUUAUCUGCAUUUAUCUAGGAAUCAAGUUGUUGAUUUUUGUUAAAAAUCUAGAAAUGAUGCUCUUUCACUAAUUCCUAAUAUGAAAUAUAUGAUGGCCAAAGAUUAAUUGUGUUGAUGAUAAUACCUUAUAAAAGGAAUUUUGUUUCUAAAAUACAUUACUAUAUUAGUUUCUAUUGCUGCCAUAACAAAUACCACAAACUUGGUGGUAAAAAAUAAUUCUCUCACAGUUCUGGAGGCCAGAAAUCUAAAAUUAAGGUGUCGGCAGGGUUUGUUACUUCUGGAGGCUCUGAGGGAGAAUCUGUUCCAUGCCUCUCUCCUACCUUUUGGUGGCUGUCUGCAAUCCUUGGUGUUCCUUGGUUUAUAGAUGAGUCAUUCCAAUCUCUGCCUCUGUCUUCACAUGGCCUUCCCCUCUGUCUUGUCUUCUUUCUCUUAUAAGGACAAUGUCAUUGGAUUUAGGGCCCACCCUAAAUCCUAAUCCAGGAUGGACUCAUGUUGAGAUCCUUAACUAUAUCUACAAAGACCCUUUUUCCAAAUCAGUUCACAUUUACAGGUUUCAGGUAAACAUAUCUUUUUGUGGGACACUUUUCAACCCACUGAAAGUUACCAAAGGAGAUUUUAGGAUAAACUUCAUAAAACUUGUAGGAAAUAAUUUCUUUGCUGAUAUAUUUUAAAUAAAAUUAAUCUUCACUGAGAGGAUAAAAACAAGUGACUUCCAAGCUUGCAUAAUUAUAAAACUAAAGGUAACUGGUAUUUGAUUUCAUUAUCCAAAAAAAGUUAGAAUUGAAAGGAAAUUUAGAAAUCAUUUGAUCUAGUCUUGUUUUGUAGGUUAGGAAACAACUGCUUGGGUAGGAUUAUUUUUGUGUUGGUUUGUGGAUUCUGUGUCUACUAUUUUGAGUACAUUCAUUGGGUUAUCAUUACAUUACAGAAAAAUAUUAUUUGGCCAUGUUAACUUUGACAUGUAAACUUAGAACUGUGAAUAGAAUUCGUCUUUUAAUCUAAUUUUAUGUUUGUAAACUUUUUAAAAUAACUGUGAACAAAAUUACUUUGUCUUCAGUGUUGGAUUGUGGGUUCUCUGGCUUUUAAAUAAUGAGUGGAUUUGAAAAGUAUUCUGCAUUUGGAAAUAGAAAAUUGUGUACAGGUGAAAAUUACAAGUGUAGUUUUGAGUAAGAGAGAGCAGUCUUUUGUUGUGCUCUAUUCAGUACUUAGAAAAUAUAUUGACUCUUUAGUUAUAACAGUAAUUGUAGGACAACAUUUUUACCCGAACUUUUUUUUUUAAUUAGAUAAGAAAGCACAUGCAAGGAAAUUAUUAUUUUGUAAUGGAAAUCUGAGUUCCAGUAAGUCAAAAUUGAAAACAAUUUGUAAUUUAGGAAAAACUUUCUUGUCUGAUACUAUCAAUGCAAGACUUUUGUGUUUAGGAAUAGUUCUGAGACAAAAAAAACUUUUUUCUCUAAUCUAGUCUGGCAAAAUGACAACACCGUUCCACCCUAUAGAUUGGGGGAAUCACUGUUCCAAAUCAUCUUUAAGUGUUGAGUCCCUGCUGUUUUAAGAGGUGUUUUGGAGAAAAUCUGCAUUCACAGGUUCAUCUUCUGUGUUAUCCAUAGAGUACGUAACGUACAGCACUUAACAUUUUAGAAAAGAAUGCUGUGAAUUAAAAGGUGCUAUAGAGUGUUGCUUUUAGAAACAUCCUAAUUUAUAUUUGUGUUUUUAAUAUUUUUCAAGAGUUAUCAAAUAGAUAUUUUUGACAUGAAUUUUUUAAAAUUUAGACAUAGUUGAAUUUCUGGAUUAA